CACGCUUCAGUGCAUCUUCGGACAUGCUGUUUGGACUGGCUGUGUAGCUCCUCCUAUCCGUUGUGAGGCGCCUCGCGGCAAUGGCACUGAGUCGACUGGGCCAUCUGCGGCCUGCCUUGAGCCAAUCCCUGCCAGCUCUCUUGAGGUCGCCCCUGGAGAUCACUGUGAGCCGACCAGGCCUCUGUCAGAAAGGCUGUGGGCAGUGUGGGGCCCUGCCACUGAGCCAGAGCCGGCAUUUAGCUACCAAGAAAAACAAAGCUAAAGGAAAAGGACAGCCACAGGCUAGAUUGAGCAUCAAUUCUGCACUAGUGGAAGAUAUCAUUAACCUGGAGGAGGUGAAGGAAGAGAUGAACGCCGUGAUUGAAAACCUCAAGGAAGAUUACAGCAGGAAUCUAAGCAUCCGAACCUCACCGGGUGCUUUAGACCACAUUACUGUGACAACAAAGGAUGGAAAGUUCCCACUAAACCAGCUCGCUCAGAUUUCUAUGAAGUCUCCACAGCUCAUCCUAGUUAAUCUGACUAGCUUCCCUGAGGCUACAGCAGCCGCCACUAAGGCCAUCAGGGAGAGCGGAAUGAACCUGAACCCCGAGGUGGAUGGAGCUGUGGUCAGGGUGCCAAUUCCUAAAGUUACAAGAGAACACAGGGAAAAGCUUGCCAAGCUUGCCAAACAGUUCACAAACAAGGCUAAGGAAUCCCUGAGAAAAGUGCGAACAAACGCUGUGAACCAGGCCAAGAGAUCGAAGGACACUGUUUCUGAAGACACCAUCAAGCUAAUAGAGAAGCAGGUAAAGGACGGUGCAUGGUUCAUGAUCCAGCAAAUGGUGGAUGGUGUUGCUGCCGACAUGGACAAGCAGCUGACCACAAAAACCAAGGAGCUGCUGGGAUGAGAGGAGCGGGGGUGGGAGUGACAUUCUCUCUGCUUAUUUCCAGUGCCUGUCCAUGGACAAAUACAGCCGCGUGAGCUGGACUCAAAUAAAAAGAAAAAAAUAAGUCUGUGCUUGUCAAUGAUUGUGUGUCUCUUGAAACAUGCUGUUUGAGCAAGGGCCAUGAAGUGAUUAUGGUGUAUUUAUGUAAUUCACUCAUGCAUAAACAAAGCUUGGCAUAUAACUAUAGAGUCUGUUGGCUAAUUCCACUACAUGUUUUCUACCAAACUUCUUUAAAAAAAUCUUUUUAAUGAGGUUGCCCCUCCUUUUAAUCAAAACCAGUGCCAUACAUUUUGCUAACAUGUGCCACAUAACAUGUUGUCGGUAAGGGGGCAUAUGGUUUACUGUUGCUUGUGAUGAUCAGUUAUGGCUAAAUGUUUUUUACAAUUUUAAUAUAGUCAAUACAGUAUGCUGUUAACUUAUUACCAUAGUCUUUGUAUCAUCUGGGUUGCAUUGUUCCCUCUCUCAAUGCCUAAUGCCUCUUGUCUAGAUUAAUUUAUUUAUUUAUUUAUUUAUUUAUAUUUAUUUAUUUUUUGGGUGCAUUGUUAAUAUGUAGUGCUUGGAAAUAUGCCUCUUUUUUGGUGUUUUGAUUUGUGAGGAGAUCACCAAAUACGGUAAUACAGCACUCACCUUUUGGAGGUUCUUCAUUGAAAUGUCAUUUAAACCUCUUAAUUGUGCAACAGACUCAAGCUUUGCUGCUUCAUGCAAUAAUAAUCCAUGUACUGUAUUUUUUGUUUCUGACCAGCUGAAAUAGUCUGACUUGAGUGUAGGUGGAUAUCUUAAGACGGCAAGCAGACAUGGUAGGUGUUGAUCAUGUCUUCCACCAGUCAGAUUUACAGCUAAUCAAAAAGACGCUUCUGAAAACCCUCUGUCAUUAUUGGAAAACUGUACCAAAAAGGAGGGACAGUAAUGUGUUUGCAGGGCAGGUGGGGCUAGCUGAGUUGAAAGGUCGCAUUGUCACAUGAUUUGAAUGGAAUGAGGGAGGCUGUUCAGCCCUUAGGAUUCUCCAGACAAACUCCAAGCAAGUUUAAAGCAGGUCAAAUCAGAUAACCACUCAAUAUUAGAACAACAGAACCACUCGGAAUUGUUGCAAAUACUGUAACAUAGUGAUCAAAUUCGAUCUGAAGCUACUCACUGAUUCCGUAAGCCAUGUGUUUUAGUUCAUUUUGAAAUCCCAUUUAAUUGCAAACUAGUUUUACUGUUUGCCCUUCAUUUUCUAAAAUUGAUGACAUAUAAUUGAGAGUUUUGAAAACACACAUCACAAUGUUGAGAACAGGUACACUUGUUUAAGAUUACAAUACUGCGUGAAUUCAUAUUCUUUCCAGAAAUCCUCUUUAAUAAACUUAAGGAAAUGACACAUUAUGUAGGAACUACCCUCAAAAGCAUUGUUCUUAAUAGCUGUAAAUACUCUGGCCUUUAACUAAACAAAAGUUUAUUUCAUGUGCAGACAAGGAGAAAUGGCGGCAUUUUUUGGGGGUUUUUUUGUACUUAUGUCUCCAUAUGUCAGCAAUUUCAGAGCAUUGUGUAUCUUGGCUAACAACAGCAUUUCAUGAUAGAUGAAUGAAGGAAAAUCAUAAGCCUCUGGCAGGACCAAAGACAUGCAAAUUGCUUUCAGCUGAUUACAUUAUUUUAGUUGACAUUUAUCAAAUAGAUUACAGUAUGCAUGCCUGUUUACUACUGUGAAAGCACUACAGGGGAAACAGUACCAAGUGUUAAUGGUUUUGCUGGUGAAAAUAAACAACGGCAAAUAGAUUUUGUAAACAUUUUAAUGAAUUGUAUGAUAGCCAUGCGAGCUACAAGGAGAGAGCUUGAGAGAAGCUUUGGGAGAAAUUAUUUUUUAUUAAAAAUAAUUUGGCACUCUAAAUUUAUAUAUAUAUAUAUAUAUAUAUAUAAUCUGAAUGCCUUUGACUUUUCUAAUGAGCUAUGAUACUCGUAACAGUUGGCGGGCCUUUGCUUUGACUAGUAACCACAGAUAUCGACUGUAUAGUUUUAUGUGCUUCACACAUGAAGCUCCAGUUCUUUGCCUACCAUCUAAGCUACUUGAACUUUUGGUAACUUGAGAUGUACUUCAGUACAUAGUGAGCAAACUCUAGCUCAUAGAUACAAUGGCAUUUUUGUGAAACAACAUAUCAAGGACUCUGAUGAAGGCAUUAUCUGAAACGUUUGUUGACUUGAGUGUUUUGAUGAUAUAUUAAUGACCAAGCAAGUGCCCACAUGGUCAUCUUGGAGGUCUUCUGAUCACCAGGUUGUGUGAUCAGUCCAUGUUCUGGGAUUGACUGAAUCUGGAUUCAAGUCUAAAGCAGGGCUGUAUUAAGAUUGGAGAUGGGUUCCAUUGAUCCUUCUGCAAAGGGGAUUGAGGCAGCAGUGUCUCCUAGUGUCUUUACUGUGAUAGUGUGUUAUCUUGGAAUACAUAGGGUACCAUUAGGUAGUCCUAUUAGUUCAAAUCUGGGUCUGUGAAACCAGAUAACUUCAAAGAACAAAAUAUUAUAAACCAUAAGGCACAUUCGGGCAAUCAAAACACCAAAUUUCAGAACAUUGCAAUACAUCUGUUUUUUCCAGUGUCUUCUGAGCUCAGCUUUGUUUCACUGUCCUCUAGCCAACUGCACAUAUUAACUUAUCAUACAAGUUCUGCAUUGAAAUUACAACCGGUGCUAUGUGUCACCCAUAUCACUUCUCAUUCCUGCUGUAGCUCGUCACUAUGCAGCCACUACAAUGAGCAGGGGUAUUCAGCUGAGCUUUAUUCUCAAACCUCUAAGGAGAUAUUGUAAUACAGUAUUAUGUGAUGUGAUCCAUCAUCUUCCCCAAGCAUUGUAUUUAGAUUUUGUGAAAGUGUGAGAGUGGUGAGUUGGCUGUCCAAGGCCUGGACCCACAACAGAUAUCAGAAAUACUUGAGGGUCAGGAAGAUCCAGUUAAUGGAAGAAUCCCUUUAGACAGACUAGCUAACACACUAGGAAUGUUUUAAAAUAUAAUCACAGGGUCCCAGAUAGCCAAAGUGGAUAGGAAACUAAGUUUUAAAGCAAGACCAGUAGAAUAUAAAGACCCUGUACAGUAUGCAGUUAUAGUUAUGCAGCUAAAUCUGCAAAAACAAAUGGUCACCUUACCUUUUGAAGACAUUUAAUGAAUGCGGCAGGAUUACAUGUGCCAUGUUUAAUUUUUAAAUGCCCAUGGGUAAUGUGAAGGACCGUGGGAAGAUUUGUUCAUGUUUCAAACAGUUCAUGUGAAUGUCCUUUUAAAGGUACCUUGGCAGGGCUUCUGCAAUAUGCAAAAACACAUCAAAGGUCUAUAAAAUGGGUGAUCAUGGCUGUUUGUUGUUUUGUAUAAAUAAAGUGCUUGAGUGCGUAAACUGCA